CCCCAAUCAGCUGUUCCCAGGCGACGCGACGAGGCUGAAGGUGACGCGCAAAGGGGCUAUUUUUCAAUGCGCCGCCACGCUCCUCCUUCUUACUGACAGGUGAUUUCUCUGACGCCACGCGGGUACCAUGAAUGCCAUUAAGACAGCCAAGAACCUGUUACGCCAAGAACUAAAGGCGAAGCUGAAUGGCUUGAGUAAUGAGGAGAAGGCCAGGCAGUCGCAGGCCGUGCAGACGAAGGUCCUGCAGCAUGACCUGUAUAAGAAGAGCAAGAGGCUGUCUAUUUUCUUGAGUAUGCACGAUGAAAUUAACACGGAUCUGAUUCUGCGGGAUGCUUUGGGUGCUGGCAAGGCUGUUUAUAUCCCCAGAUAUGAUAGCAAGUCGACCUACAUGGACAUGGUUCGACUCAAAUCCUGGGAGGAAUACGAUGCUUUGCCGAUGACCAAGUGGAAGAUCAAGCAGCCUCCUUUGGACCAAGAUCGGGAACAGGCUCUGGGUUCAGGGGGCCUGGAUCUAAUCCUCGUACCUGGCCUGGGAUUCUCCAAAGCAGGACAUAGGAUGGGUCGUGGACGAGGAUAUUAUGACACAUAUCUUGCAAAAUGUCGAGCUGCACAAGAGCAUCCUCCAAAUACGAUUGCAUUGGCUUUUAUUGAACAAGUGCUUCCUGAAAUACCCAUUGAAGAGACAGAUGUUCCAAUUGACAUUAUUCUUAGUGCUGAAUAAUAAUGUUAAUGUGCUUUUAUAUUCAUAUGUGACUAUAUUUAGACGUGUGUGUGCACAUAUUAAUUAUGUUUAUACAUACUUUUGUAAGGAAUCUUUUCUAUGCUGCAUCUUGAAAAUGUGUAACCUUUGAUAUUACACUGAACUCAAUCACUAGUAAACCAGGAUUUCUAUUGGGACAUGCUAGCCAGAGUUAUAUGGUUGUACACAUAACAAAUGGUUUUAUAGGUGUAUGGAAGGGUGUAUGUGCCUACAUGAAUACAUACAGUAUACAAUAUGUAUGCCUUUACAAGGCACUAAUGAUUUUGUAAGUAAAACAUUUGGAAGAUAUUUAUUUAUAUAUUUUUUUAUGUGACACAAUUUCUACAUUUACAUUCAGAUUUUUCAGCAGAAACAGGAAUCAGUAGCUCAAAUGAAGAAGUGAAAUUUAUUGAGGAAAAAGCUUUUCCAAAACAUGUUAGGUUUAUAUUUUGUGCUAAAUGGUUCUUUUCUUCUUUUUGAAAAUAAUUACGAUAAUUACAGCAAAUAUUACACAUUUCAGAAUCUAUGUCUUUGAAAUUAUCUUGGUAGACAUCUGAUCAAGUCACACAUUUCCCCAAAAGGUUAAUCAUGAAUACAUUCUUCAUUUCAUAUAUUUUUUUUCUGUCAAUGUAAUCUUUGUAAAGGCUACAAAUUGUUUAUAUCAUCCUAUGGCAUAUAUAUAUAUUGGUAUAUGCAUAAUAGUGUAAGAUGAGUGUCUAUUUUUUCUUUACUAAAAAUCAAGAGAAGGAGAGUGAGGAACCACUUAAUGAAGGUUGAAAUAAAAUGCAUAAAGAGGGAAAUAAAAGGAAUAUAGAUUUUUGGAUGUGUUUACUGUACAAUAUAUAUGGGUGCCUUAUAAACUCCUUUAUUUGUUAAGUAUAUUGGAGUUUUUAUAUCUUGUGCCUUUGUUGCUUUCUUACCUUUUAAGAUCUUUGGAAUUCAUUGGAAAACUCUUUUAUAUGGGAUUGUUAGAUCAUAAAUCUUAUUUAAAAAAAAAA